AUAAUCAAAGUCUCUGCACUCACACUAACCUCCAUACUCAGUACUUGACAAAAUUUCUCAAAAUUACAUCAAUUAUCCAUCAAUUUGAAUGAAAACAAAAAUUAUUUAAAAACUCGCUAAAUUUUCCGCCAAAAUUCAAAUUUUAAAUAAACAAUUUUUUUUAAAACUCAGCCUAAAUCGUAAACAAAAAUUUGUAAAUCAAUAAUGACUAUAAAAAAUCAGACUUUGUGUAAACGAAAACGAAAAUGUACACCCGAGAAUGACAUGAUGGCGUUUAUAGACGACGACUCAUUAAUGGAUGACUCGAUAAAAGAGGAAGAAUCUCAAGAUUUGUCAUCAUCGUCAUCGUCAUUAUUCACACGUCAACAUAUGGUCAAUGGUUGGAGCGAAUCAUCACCGCGAAAUGGAGAAUCUUCAAGUUAUAAUAAUAGAUCUUCAUCUUCGUCAAACGAUUUGACUAAAAAUCAUACCUCGGUAUCAAAUGUCAAUAAUAUUAAUAAUAAUAAUGCACCGGCGACUAGUAUCAAUGGUGAAAAUUCAGCAGGACACGGAUCUCCAUUACGUACAAGUUUAAAUUUACAAUUACGUUCAUACGCAACGCCAAAGCCACGUGUUCAGGAAUGCCCAAUGUGUCCAUUUAGUUCCGACAAUCCCUCAAAGCUAGAGGAGCACAUCAACCGGCAGCACUUUGACCUCACAUCGCCCUCAUUUCCCCCGGAGUCGCCGCCUACUCGUGACGGUUCUUACAAUUGUCCUCUCUGCGUCACAUCAUUUCCCAAUCCCUCGGACCUUGAGCUACAUGUCAACAUCGAGCACAAAGAUAUUCUCAGCCCAGCAAAAGGCACGACGUCAACUCCUGAAGUGACAUCGAAUGACCCACCAACGUGUCCAGUCUGCUUAAGCACGUCGUUCCGCACAAACGAGGAGCUAACCGUCCACAUAGAAGAGCACUUUGCCAAGAAAAGCAGCACACCCUCGCCAAUAGACGUCGCUGACAGCUCCCUGACCUCAAGCGACCGGUUGCUGGCCCGAGACAUGGAGCGCCGGGAGAAAGAAGUCCGGAAACUCCGGGAGCAACGAGAAUUCGAGAUGCUUCGCGCCCAGUACGGGAUGGACAACCAGGGGAACUUCAGAGAACAAAGUGUCACUAAUAUGCAGCGCGCCGUCUACGCGGGGGAAAUGUCAGUCGCCGAUUACUACGAGCGACAGAUAGAACUCAAAGCCGCAGAGAACAACGGGAUCGAUGACGGCAGUUCCUGUACCCGGGGUCUGGUAUCGCGGGUCCGAGCGGUCUCUCAAGCCUGCCACAAUGUUAUCACCACCUGGAUGUGUUCAACAGUCGACCACUAUGCGUCAACUUACGGCGACAAAGGCUGGGGAUGCGGGUACAGAAACACCCAGAUGCUGAUUUCUUCUCUCCUUCAGCACACGGGGUACAAUGAGCUAGUCUAUCGCGCCUGGAGUUCAGUGGCCGCUGGAUCGACGGCGAACCCAAUGCGGAGCUCAAUGCCCUCGAUAUCGCGGCUCCAGAGGAUGAUCGAGUGGGCCUGGUCCCUGGGCUUCGACGUCCAGGGCGCGGAGCAGCUCGGGGGUAAAUUAGUCAACACGCGAAAGUGGAUCGGAGCCACUGAAGUCGUCACUCUGCUGUCAAGUUUGAGGAUACGCUGCCAGCUCGUCGACUUCCACAGGCCCACGGCUCCAGACGGCAGCCAUCCCGAGAUGUUCCAAUGGGUCCUACAGUACUUCCAACGCGCUGAUGACUUCAAGCCUCCGCUGUACCUCCAGCACCAGGGCCACAGCAGGACCAUCAUGGGUGUUGAGCAGUUGAGGGAUGGGUCAAUUACGAUGCUCGUACUCGAUCCCAGUCACACUCCCGCGCAAAUGGGUCAGUUCAAUAGCACCAGCAGCGCUCCGGGUGCCAUGAGGUUGAUCAGAAAGUCCACAGCUGCCAUGAAGGCCAGACAGUAUCAGAUUGUCGCGGUCGUCGGGACCAUGGAAACAGAAUCGCGCUAUCAGAUGAGCAAAGUGCUGAGAACGACUCGAAUUCCACAAGAUAGGUGAGAAUUAGCUGAAAUUAUCAAAACAAUGACGUCUAUAAUUAUAAUUAUUAAUGAGAUAAUUUAUAACUUUAAAUUAUUUAUUGACUAUGAAAUAUGUCGGUUAAUUAAUCACCGGUACUGUCUGUUGGUUAAUUAAUUGAUUGAGCUAUCACUUCUGUCCAUUUAUAUAAAACAAGCUGCUGCUCAAUGUUAUUAUUUUUUUAAUUAGUACUGUAUUUUUACUGUUGUUUUUAAUUAUUGUCUAAUCACUGAUGCUGGACUUGGUGAAUUUUUUUUAAAAUAAAUUUAAUUUUUUUUUAUGUUGUUUUUUUUUUUUUUAAUUUAGAAAGGUAGAAAUUCGUUGAUCUUAAUCAGUAUUUUAUGAUUAAUUAAGUAAUGGUAAUUAAUAAGUAAUAAAUAUUAGUCAAUAAUUAUGUCAAUCCAGUGUUUGUCACUAUUUUUAGUCUCAGGUCUACAAAAAAAUUAAAAUGUUGAUAUAUUUAAAUGGAUAUAUCGUGUCUUUAAUACUGAAGCACAUGAGGUUGAGCAAAUAAUAGAUUUGGGAUCGCGAAGAUUUAUUUUUAUAAUUUUUUUCGGGUGGCUGAUUUUGUUUCGAUUUUGAAUUUUUUUGUGCCUGGGUCAUAUUGAUACCGAAUGUGGGGGCUAAAAAAAUUGUAGUGAAAAUAAACUCACUGUUGACAUUUUGGUCUUAGGGGUACUCCCUCACCCCCUACUUUAUAGAUUAAAAUAGAUAAUUAUCCGAUUGCCAGCCCUAUUAGUAUAAUUAUUUUUUAAAUUUAUUGUUAAACUAAAAUUUUUAAAAUUCAUAUGAUAAUUUAAUGACGUAAGGCGCGAUAAAUAAAUUAUUUUUAUUUCGGAAAAUUAUCACUCAAUUGUGAGAUGAAUAAUUUUUUGGAAGCCAAGUUCUUAAGGGGGAUGACAAAAUAAUUAAACUGAAAGUAAAUAUUGUUUUUUAUUUUUUGGGUAAAUUGCCAGAGUUACAAGGACUCUAUAUAUUUAAAUAGAUAUUGUUUUAUUAAAAAAUAAUGGCGAGCUAAAAGGCCUGAAUUUAGGCGCCUCAGGUUGUAAAUCAGCAAACAAAGUUCAUGUCCAAGAGUCAUUCAGAUAAAUAAUUAAUUAUAAAACUAUUUGAGAUAAAAUAAAAGAUAAAACGUCCAACACUCGUUGUCACUUUUAUCGAUAAAUUUAAAUGAGGCCCCAAAAUAAAUAUCAUCCCUGUUAUUUAAAUAAACCAAUCAGUGCUCGGCUUACACUUUAUUUUAUUAUUUAAACAACAACAAUAUUAAAAUAUUUAAAUAAAAACAGGACGAGUUGGGGCAAAAUGGCCAGCGGUCAGAUAAAAUCGAUUUAUAAUUAUUUAAAUUUAGUCAAACAAUAACUCAUUAAAUAAAAGUAUAUUUAUUUAAAAUCUAAAUUACCGAGGGCCUUAGAAGGAUAUAAAUAAAAUAUAAAUAUUGUAAUUUAUAAGUUUUUUUUUUAACGGAAAGACGGAUCGCUAGCGGUCAUGUUCAGACACAAACAAAUAAUCUGCCGGGAGUUUUAUUUGUUUGUUUAAUAAAAUCAAUAGCAACUCGUUUAUUAAUUAAAUAAAUAAUUAUUAAAAAUAAACAGACCAUCUUCCGGUUUCUCCCAUCAGCUCUAUUUAAAUAUUUAUUCUCUCAAUUUACCGCUCGUUAAAAAUUAACCAAACCUAAAAUAAAAUCUGAAAUUUAAUAAAUUAAUUUAUUUAUUAUCGACACGAUAUAUUCAAAUUACUUAAAUUUCAAUUACUAAUUAAUUGCAAUAAGUUUAAUUAAUUAUACAAAUAAGUAUGACUAAUUAUUAAAGAACUUAAUCAAUUAAAAAAAUAAAAAAAUAGAUAACAAGUGCACGUUACCUCACGAAACUAAAAAUCACGAAUUAUCUGACGGUUAAAAAAUAAAAAAAUAAAUAAAAUAUGUAAAAUUAUACUUUCAUACUAACAAUUGAUAAUUAAUAAUUAAUAAUUAACAAUAAAUAAAAUUAAAAUAAAGAGUAUAUUUAAUAACUAAAUAAAGUUUUAAGUAAAAAAAAAAAUAUUAAAUCACAAUUGACCUUUAUAGUUUGUAAGUCCACGUAAAUU